AUGCUUAAUGCAAGUGACAUCUCCGCUUUUAUUUUGUUGGGUUUUCCUGAUCAAGUGGAGAAAAAUAUGCUGUACUUCAUUUUGUAUUUAGUGAUCUACAUAACAUCCUUAAUAGCAAAUGUUCUCAUCAUUUUAGUAGUGUUCCUCCACCAUCCACUCCAUACACCCAUGUACUUUUUUUUAGUGAAUUUGUCUAUUACAGAUCUUGGCUCUAUUUCUGUGACUAUUCCCAAAGCCAUGAUAAAUGCUUUCUUGAACAGCAGAGAGAUUUCUUACUCUGGGUGCGUCGCACAAGUAUAUUCCUUAUUGUUUUUUGCAAUGUCAGAUUUCUUCCUUCUUACAGGCAUGGCAUAUGAUAGAUACAUUGCUAUAUGUGACCCAUUGCACUAUGAAAUCAUAAUGGGCAGGAAGACAUGCCUGCAGUUGGCAGUCAUUGCAUGGAUAAGUGCUGUUCUUUAUUUAGCCUUGCACACUUGUGGCACCUUUGUCAUCAACUUUUGCUCCAAUGUUCUCAAUGAUUUCUUCUGUGAUGUAUCACAACUUCUGAAAUUGUCCUGUGACAAUUCAUAUCUCAUUGAAGUUGGAUUUAUCCUAUUCAGUUUAAUUAGUGUUCUCUUUCCUUGCUUUGGUUUCAUAAUUAUUUCCUAUGUUCAUAUUUUCAAGUCUGUCUUUAGAAUACCUCCUUCUCAAAGACAAAAUAAGGCUUUUUCAACUUGCAUUCCACAUCUUAUUGUUGUUUCCUUGUUUGUCUGCACUGCAAGUGUUAAUUUACUAAAACCACCUUCUUUCUCACCUUCAAAUGUAGAAACAGUUAUCACUAUAUUGUAUUCUGUGGUUCCUUCUUUGAUUAAUCCCAUUGUUUAUACUAUGAGGAACAGAGAGAUUCAAGCUUCAUUGUGUAAUAUGUUUAAACCUGCUAUUCCACCUAGGAAUCAAUAA